AUGCUCGCGUCCCCUCCUCCCCGCCAGUCAUUUACAGGCGACUAUAAUAAGCGAACUUGGACCGUCCCAUCAUCACCAGUUCUCCCACUUUCGUGCUCUCCAGCCUCGUCGUCUUCAGUCACUCUUCUCGACGCUCCCACUGCCACUCCCAGCGAACACAAGACACCCAUGGAGCUCCUCGCAGAGUCUAUGAAGGGCCGCAUGCUCUUUGCAAUCCCUAAGAAGGGCAGACUUUACACAAAAAGCCUGGAGAUGCUCGAAGGCGCGGAUGUCAAAUUUACGCGUUCCCACCGCCUCGACGUCUGUCUCGUCCAGAAUCAUCCCAUCGCCCUCGUCUUUCUCCCUGCUUCAGACAUUCCUCGCUUCGUCGCCCACGGAAAUGUAGACAUGGGAAUCACUGGCCAGGACACAAUUCUCGAAUCCAAUACACAGGACGGCGUGACCGAGCUCCUCAAACUCGGGUUUGGGGGCUGCAAACUUCAGGUCCAGGUUCCCGAAAAGGGCCCCAUCCAAUCCGUUGAGCAACUCGCCGGUAAACGCGUCGUCAGCAGCUAUACGACUCUCGCCAGAGAUUAUUUCAGAGAAUUAGACCUACGAUUGGGUCUCAUCAAGAAGGACGAAAAGACGGGCGAAGAUGUUGGGCAGGGUACACGGGUCGAAUACGUCGGAGGCAGCGUCGAGGCAGCCUGUGCACUUGGACUGGCAGAUGGAAUCGUCGAUCUUGUCGAGUCGGGCGAGACUAUGAGAGCCGCUGGUUUGCACGCCAUCUCUACCGUCAUGACCACCGAAGCCGUUCUUAUCAAAUCCACAAACGUCAAGCAUCCAGACCUGGUGCCGCUCAUCAAACGGAUCGCCUCUCGCAUCGCUGGCUUUGUCGCCUCGAACAAGUAUGUCAUCUGUCAGUAUAACGUCCCUCGAGAACUCCUCCCUGUGGUCACAAAAAUUACUCCUGGUCGACGCGCGCCUACCAUCAGCAGCAUUGAAGAUGAUGGGUGGGUGGCCGUCAGUGCAAUGGUUGAAAAGAAGAUUGUUGCAAACGUGAUGGAUCAGCUCGUUGAGGCUGGUGCCGAAGACACUUUUAUCAUCGCUCUCCAAAACUGCAGAGUCGAAACUCGAUUUGGACUCCCAGACUCCCCCUCAGUCGACGAACCAGGGCCGGGAAUAUAG